GACUGCUGGUGUGUGAAAACAGCAAACCCUUAAUAACCUACUGGUGUUCACAGAUCUAGUUUGAGAGCCUUCACAUUUGACUAUUUUCAUUGAAUUGUUCCACUGUUCUGGGGGGAAAGAAUCUCGCCUUUUAAACAACUUUUUAAAGGCGCCGGACAGGGUAAUAAUACAAAUAUGGGGAACUGCUACACGGUAGGACCAAACGAAGCCUUGGUGGUGUCAGGUGGCUGCUGUGGCUCAGACGAGAAGAGCUAUACAGUGGGAGGCUGGGCCUGGGCAUGGUGGCUUAUCUCCGACAUACAAAAGAUAACCCUUGAGAUUAUGACCCUGCAACCCAAAUGUGAGGAUGUAGAGACAGCGGAGGGGGUAGCUAUUACUGUCACAGGUGUGGCACAGGUGAAGGUCAUGAAUGACAAAGAGUUGCUGGGUUAUGCUUGUGAGCAAUUCCUGGGCAAGACCGUGGUAGAGAUUAAAAGUGUCAUUCUGCAAACCCUGGAAGGUCAUCUACGCUCUAUUCUGGGGACUCUGACGGUGGAGCAGAUCUACCAGGAUAGAGAUCAGUUUGCCAAACUGGUGAGAGAGGUGGCGGCACCUGAUGUGGGCAGGAUGGGUAUUGAGAUCCUCAGCUUUACUAUUAAGGAUGUCUAUGAUAAGGUGGAAUAUCUGAGCUCUUUGGGUAAAUCUCAGACUGCUGCUGUUCAGAGAGAUGCUGACAUCGGAGUGGCCGAGGCAGAGAGAGACGCUGGGAUCAGGGAAGCAGACUGCAAGAAAGAGAUGAUGGAUGUGAAGUUCCAAGCUGAUACAAAAAUGGCCAACUCAAAGCGAGAGCUGGAGAUGCAGAAAGCUGCUUUCAGUCAAGAAGUGAACACUAAGAAAGCUGAGGCGCAGUUGGCCUAUGAGCUUCAGGCAGCCAAAGAGCAGCAGAAGAUACGACUGGAGGAGAUUGAGAUUGAGGUGGUUCAGAGGAAAAAGCAGAUCUCCAUUGAGGAAAAGGAGAUUGUCAGGACAGAUAAAGAGCUGAUCGCCACAGUGAAGAGACCAGCUGAGGCUGAAGCCUACAAGAUGCAGCAGCUCGCAGAGGCAAACAAGAUGAAAAAGGUGUUGAUAGCACAGGCUGAAGCAGAGAAGAUCAAGCGCAUUGGAGAAGCAGAGGCUGGUUCCAUUGAAGCUGUUGGUAAAGCUGAAGCAGAGAAGAUGAGACUCAAAGCUGAAUCCUAUCAGCAGUACGGGGAGGCUGCAAAGAUUGCUCUUGUCCUGGAGGCUCUACCAAAGAUUGCUGGGAAGGUGGCGGCACCCUUGGCCCGCACCAAUGAGAUUGUGAUCCUGAGUGGAGAUGGUGGCCGUAUAACUGGGGAAGUUAAUCGACUGCUGGCUGAACUACCUGUUUCUGUAAACGCUCUCACGGGAGUGGAUCUGUCCAAGAUACCUUUGCUUCAGAAAAUGACCAACCCUCAGGCAUGAACACACCCCUUCCACUCAGCUGUCUUUCUGACACUCAGCUCUACGUUGAUUGCCAUGAAAGGAAACACUUGAAAGCAGUUUUCUUUCUACAGAAAUGAAAAAUUUAUUUUCUAGACCCCUGGUGCCUUACUUCUGCAGCACCAGAUUGUCUGCAUGUGCCCUUUUUAGCAUUUUUUGAUCAUGUUUGUCUUUUGUAUUUGUUAUUUUUGUUUAAACAAAGUACCUCAUCAUUAAUAUACUAUUAAUCACAGAGCUGUUUCAUAAAAUUCAGAAAUGAGCAGCCAUUCCUAUUUGUGGUGGGUGGCUGCGAUUGUCACCACAGGUUACAUUUAUGCAAUGUAUGAAUUUAUAUAGAAGUAUAGAAGAGCCAUUAGAUUUGGUAGAACAUGUUUAGUGAUUUGAUAGCAGUACACAUGGUGUCAGGGUCUUUGAAAUUUGUAAUGAAGAGGACUGACGUUUUUAUUAUAUCUUUAACCAGACAUUUAGACGUUCAUUUAUUUAGAAAUGUGUCUUUGUACAAUUCAGGCAUGAUGAGCUCAGACCUGUUUUGAUUGUGGACAAUCAGUCUGCUUCAAAAGGGUUGUAGGGUCUGCUCCAUGUGGUACAUUAACAUUUUGGUAUGUAUAGGUUUUUUUUUGUAAGUUUUACCUAUUCUUCUAUAUGAAUAGCAGUCCAAGUGCAUUCUUCUCAGUAUGCCAAUCAAAGGCUAAAACUUGAUAGAUUUAGGAACACAUGUUAUUUUAUCACAAAAAAAACAGACAUGUUACCUCGCCUAAUGUUUAUGCAGAUGUUGAAAGCUUUAGUCCUCAUUCAUUCAUUCACUGCAUUUAUGUUGUUUUAUACGCUGUGAUUGCAGACAGACUAAUAUUAUAGAACCCUCUGUUUUCUACUGUUAAACUGGCAGUGAUCUGGAGGUUUUGAUCUUGAUCUUGUUCAGUAAACACACUGUACUAUAGAGUUGAAAGUCUAUCACCUAAACUGCUUUUUGUGUGUUUUUCCAGAGAAGGUUAGUAUUUUUCUUUCAGCUUUGUGAAAAUAACAAGCCAACUAGUAGAUAAAAAUUAUUAUUUUUUUUUUUUUAAAUCAAUGUUUUUUUAAUUGUCAUAUGCCUGUUAAGGUGUAUUCAUUGUUCUUGAAGUGUGUUGAAACUAAUUAUCAAAGUCCAGGUAAUGUGAGGGUUCUGUCAGGUAUUUUAUCAUGUACACUGACGUUUAAAAAUUUGGGGUCACUUGACUGAAGUUUUCUCGUGAUCUUAAAAAUCUUUUGAUUUGAAGGUGUAUGCUUAAAUGUUUGAAAUUAGUUUUGUAGACAAAAAUAUAAUUGUGCCAACAUAUUAAUUAAUUUCAUUUUAAAACUAAAAUAAAAAAAGUUUUUGAAAUUGAUGACUUGGACUAAAUAAUAAAGAAAAGCAGCUAAUAAGUGACCAGCAUAGAUGGGAACUCUGUUAAACAAUACUUUUUAAAAAUCAUCCCAGCGUGACACCUCAAGAAUUUGGUUGAGAAAAUGUCAAGAGUUCAUAUCUGCAAAUUCUAGGCAAGGGUGACUACUUUGAAGAUGCUAAAAUAUAACACAGUUUUUAUUUUAUUUUUAUGUCUUUACUAUUAUCCUUAAAUGUGAAAAACAACAAUACUAAUAAAGAAUGAGGAAGUGACCCUAAAUUUUGACCGGUAGUGUGAAUUUAAAAAUUCUGAACGUUAAAAAAAAUUUUCUGCCACAUAUGUUUGCCAUGAGGGUGUUUGUGAAAAGUUAUUUACCAUCUUGGUAAACACAAACCACAAUGAUAUAAAAUGGAAAGCAUUUGAAUACAAAUAUUUUAAGCAUGUAUUGUUUUGUUUUUUUGUGAACAACAGUUCACUUAAACUUAAAAAUUUAUUUCUGGGUUCUGUAUUCUAUGCAUUUUGGUUGGUUUUGUGUGAGAGAAACAAUCAAUAUUUAAGUAGAUUUUUUUUCUUGGAAUUCACAUUUUAACUGCGAAAAAGGGAGCUGUUGGUUGAAAAUGUAGCCAUUGUUUAGAAGAUGCUGCACACAUUUAAAACUAACUUUUCAAAGGCUGUUUCUUCAUGCUUAAUCCAAACUAAUGACCUCAGCUGUUUUUUUUUUUUAGCUGAGUGUGUUUGUUCCAAAGUUUGUAUUGUUGUUUCCACCAACAAUCAGAUAUUGGGAAUGUGUUCUAUAGCAGUGAAUAUUAUUAAUGCAUUCUAAUUCCUCCAUCUUUGCUAUGAAUAUACAUAAGAUAUAUGUAUCUGUUUAGAAAUCUGUUUCA